CUGAACCUUCUUUUUCUUUUUCUUUUUAAUUUAUAAGAAAACUGGAGCUUCUUAACUUCAUAUAAGAAGGAAGCAAUCAUGAGUUCCGAUGAUGAUCCAAGCAGCAGCUUCAGCCCCCCCAGUCAUAGGAUCUUGCUCAUAUCGAUCUUUUCUUUACUGGUGAUCACAAUCCUCGUCGUCAUACUUCAUUUCUACUCGCGAUUCCUACAGCGACGCCAGCUUCGAGAGAUCAGACUACGCCGCGCCACUCUCAAUCGCCUUAUAAAUGCUCAUAUUGCACCGGACGAACCGAAUUAUGGCGAGGACCCGCCCAAGAUAGGACUCAACCCAUCGGUCAUAGCAUCACUGCCGAGGUUCGCGUACAAGACAGCCAAUGAUCAAAAUAGUGAAUCGAUUAUUCUAGAGUGCUCGAUUUGUUUGGGGAACGUAAGGGAUGAGGAUCUUGUUAGGGUUUUACCAAAUUGUAAGCAUAUGUUUCAUGUAGAGUGUAUCGAUAUGUGGCUCGCUUCAAACACUAGUUGUCCAAUAUGUCGGACCAUGGUUGAGCCCACGACGGUCCAACCCGAGCAGAAUGAAUUGAGCCCAGAACCUUCGGCUCCACCUGUGGACCAAAGUCUGUCUCAUGGUCCGGGCGAAUCGGACAAGGGGAGCGGGUCGGGUUUGCGGAUAAGUUCGUUUCGAAGGAUGCUUAGCAGGGAUAGAUCGUCUAGGAGGGUCCAAAGUCGUGCAAAUGAAGAUUGUGUUGAAGAUUUGGAGAGGCAGUGACGUGUCCCUCAGUAUUUCUUCUAGGUAUUUAUUUAUUUGUGUUAAUUCCCUAUCCUGUCGAAGCUAGGGAAGAUGUAGGAUUAAUGGCUAGGAAAAUCCAAUUUUAUUGGAUUUGAGUUGCAGAUAUUGUUAAUUUUCUUCAUUUCUGUAUAGAAAAUCAUUUUAAAUAUGUUUAUUGGUCUCAUAUUUGUUAUCUCAA